AUGGUAAAUUUGAUUAUAGAACUGAGGAUUGAAAAGCCUGAAGUUGCAGAUAAAAGAACGGAAGAAGAUAUCCUAGCAGACAAAUUACUAAUUGACAUCAUCGAUAGAGAAUCCAAUGUAGAAGAGUCAAAAUCUCUUAAGUUAUAUGUCAAGAGUGAGACAAUAGACUUGUUUACUUUCUCUAAUAAUGAAUUUGAAGAAGAGGGAGAUUUUAACAUGAUCAAUAAGUUAAAUGAGGAAAUUCCAGAGUCACCUGAUAGAGAGCAACAUCAACCUGAAUCUUCUGUACAUCAAAUGGAGCAACAUGUCAGAACUGAAAAUAUUCGGUCAUUGAAACUACUUGAUAUCUCGAGUAAUGGUUUGGUAGGCCCCAUCCCUGAAUAUGGGUUCGGAAAUCUCAUUGAAUUGGAUAGGAAGACUGCCCAACAUGACCACAGUUGUCCUACACAACAACCAGCUCAUGGGUCCGAUACCAUCAUCGAUACAAAACUUGAGCAAGUUAAAAGUCCUUCAUCUUCAAAACAACAAGCUAACAGAAGAAAUCCCAAUUGGGUUAUUCAAAAUCUCACCAAUCUCCAAAUUCUUGAUCUCUCUGGUAACAAGCUAACAGGUAGUAUUCCAGUGGAAAUAGAAAAUCUCACAAGAACGAUCGAAACUCCGGUACACAUGUCAACAUCCGGUCCCAUUAUUGAUACAAUCUCUAAUCUUUACAUUUCCCCUUUUUUCGACCUAAUCCACAUUGACAUUGAGGACUUGAUAGUGAAUUGGAAGAACUAUUUUCAAGGCUUAUCGAGUCAUAGCCUUGAUAUAUACUCUUUGUUGGACUUUUCGAACAAUAGAAUCUCAAGUGAAAUCCCGGAAUCAUUAGGGAAUCUCAAAAGCCUAAAAGAGCUUAACAUUUCAAACAACAACAUCUCCGGGCAUAUUCCAGUGUCUUCCAGCAAUCUUAAAGGAAUAGAGAGCUUGGAUUUGUCACACAGCAAAAUCUCAAGUUCGAUUCCUAAAUCGCUAGCAAAGUUGGGUGAACUUGCAAUUCUGGAUGUGAGCAAUAACAAGUUGACCGGUAAGAUACCUGUUGGCGAGCAAAUGAACACAAUAAAUGAGUUGAAGUAUUUUGCCAACAACAACGGAUUAUGUGGUAUGCAGAUUAUGAUCCAGUGUCCAGAGGAUAUCCUACCAUCAGAAGGAAUAGAAAUAGGGGAGGAUGACGAGAAACUAUCGUGGAUAUUUUGGGUGGGAAGUUGGAUCGGUAUUCUAGUUGGGUUCUUCUUAUCAAUCUUGAUCAUGGGCUAUUCACUCGACUUUCUUCAACUCUUCAAAAUCUGGUGA